GCUCGUCCAGCUCUUCCUCCACGACGUCAAGCAGACCCUGUUCCAGCUUCAGACAUACACUUCUUUGGACACUUCUAUCUUCUCUCUGUCACGGAGGGCCCCUAGUAUACACUCGUCUCGACCAAGCAAGCCUGAGCUCGUUUGCGACAAUCUUGCGCUAUUCCCGAGACACCCGUCCACAUCUUCAGCUCUACCCAACAUGGCGCUCGCGGACGAGGCAAAGCGCGUUGCCGCGCAGUUCGACUUUACUGACGCGAACCUCAACGCACAUGUCCAGGAGUUCCUCAAGCAAAUGGGUGCGUUUACUGCAAUUAGUGCCGCGAUUGACCAGCGAGCUGACAGUUGUCGUGUGCAGCCGAAGGGUUGGAGAAGGAUGGCACGAGCAUGUCCCAGAUUCCCACCUACGUGACCGGCGUUCCGAACGGCACUGAGAAAGGGCUGUACUUGGCUGUCGACCUUGGAGGCACCAACUUUCGCGUGUGCUCCGUCACCUUGAAUGGCGACACUACCUUCAACUUGACGUACAACAAGGUGGCGAUCCCCAAGGAGCUGAUGGUUACGGAUAAGGCGUCGAAGCUGUUUGCUUUCUUGGCCCUGCAGAUCGAGAACUUCCUCAAGGAGCACCAUUCCGAACAUUUCGAAAGCCAUCGCAGGCGGCGGGCGACAAUCUCCACGCCUUCCGGGUACAGGGAAGAUGAGGUCUUCCACCUGGGGUUCACAUUCAGCUUCCCGGUUCAGCAAUUGGCGAUCAACAAGGGCAAUCUGAUGAGAUGGACAAAAGGCUUCGAUAUUGAAGACGCCGUUGGCAAAGACGUCUGCGCCUUGCUGCAAACAGAGAUUGACAAGCUCAAGCUUCCAGUCAAGGUGGCUGCUUUGGUGAAUGACACUGUCGGUACACUCAUGGCCCGCUCGUAUACCUCUACAGGCGCGCAGCGAUCAACCCUCGGCGCCAUCUUUGGUACCGGAACCAACGGCGCAUACAUUGAAAAGACGAGCAACAUCAAGAAGAAGAUCGAAGGCGAGUACGACGAGUCGACGGGCGAGAUGGUCAUUAACACGGAAUGGGGCUCCUUUGACAACCAGCUCAAUGUCCUGCCUACCACACCCUGGGACAAGGAACUUGACACCAAGAGCGUGAACCCUGGCUUCCAAAUGUUCGAGAAGCGUAUCUCAGGCAUGUUCUUGGGCGAGAUUACCAGACUGGCCAUUCUCGAGAUGAUGCAGUCCAAGGACUCUACUCUUUUCCGCGACGACAAUUCCAGCCACAACGACUGGACAACGACGACGACAGUCGCGUCUCAGUCAGGACUCUACAAGCAAUGGGGUCUUGAUACCGCCAUCAUGUCGGUAGCCGCUGCGGACAGCACCCCUGAGCUGUCCACGCUGCGACAAGAAUUGGAAAAGGACUUGAACAUCUACACGCCUUCGCUGGAAGAUGCUCAGGCGUUCAAGACGGUUGCCGAUGCCGUUGCGCGCCGCGCCGCGCGGUUGUCUGCCGUGGCCAUUGGCGCCGUCGCUAUCCAGUCUGGUCUGCUCAAGGAUCCCGAGGCUGAAGUGAUCGAUAUUGGCGUCGACGGUAGUCUCGUCGAGCACUACCCCUUCUUCCGGGACAUGAUCUACGAGGCCCUGCGCUCGAUUGAUGAGAUCGGCAUCCAGGGUGCCAGCAAGAUCCGCAUUGGUGUCGCGAAGGAUGGCAGCGGUGUUGGCGCCGCCCUGAUUGCCCUCGUAGCGGCCAAGAUGGACAAGUCCAGCGGCUCUCUGGCCACGGAGGUCAAGCGCGAGCUAGACUCGAUUCCAGCAGAGACUGGCCUGUCGAACACGGCCUUGACUGUGGGUGGUCUGCUCGGCGUGGCGGCUAUUGCUGCCGUCUGGUGGACCCGGCAGCGGUAAGCAACAUGGAGUUGGUGUUCCUCGACAUGAUGUGGUUUCAUCACUGGAGUUAUGCGUUCUGGGACGAGAGUGUACAAUGUAUCCGCGCGCUUCGACAUGGCUCGUGCUUUUCAUUGUGAGGUAGCGGAUCAAGGAGUUGCACUGUCGCCAAGUAAUAUUAAGUAUAUGUGUAUCUGGCGUAUGAUCUA